AUGUUCGGUUGUUGUCGAGCCCUUAUCAUUAGAGUGAAAUGGAUUGGAUUGGGUGCCGACCUUCAAAAUCUGUAUCCAAAGUCCAAACAGCAACACUACAAAGCAAAGCCAAGCCCGUCACGUCAGUACUCAACGAAACUUGUUUUCUUUUUUCUUUUUCCGUCCAAGAUGGCUCUGAAUACGGAUGAGCUUGUAGGAAAACCGAAUUCAGCAAUUCAAUUUGACACCGAUGCCUUGUUUCGCUACUGUUCUAUUCAUGUUGAAGGCUUCCCUGUUUCUUCCUCCAAGUUUUCCAUUUCCCAGUUUGGGCAUGGCCAGUCAAAUCCAACAUAUCUUCUAGAACUUCAGUCAGGGGCUCUAUUGAAGAGGUAUGUUUUGAGAAAGAAGCCCCCUGGAAAGCUCCUCCAGUCUGCUCAUGCUGUUGAAAGAGAAUUUCAGGUGCUUCAUGCAUUAGGUACUCAUACACUUGUUCCUGUCCCCAAAGUCUUCUGUUUAUGUACAGAUUCAAGUGUAAUUGGAACUCCAUUCUACAUCAUGGAGUUUCUGGAAGGACGCAUAUUCUUAGACCCUAUGCUACCUGGAAUAGCACCCAAUAGAAGGCGAGCUUUAUACCAUGCUACUGCUAAAGCUUUAGCUUCUCUUCAUUCUGCUGAUGUUGAUGCUAUUGGUCUUGGAGAUUAUGGUAGACGAAACAACUAUUGUAAACGACAGGUGGAAAGAUGGGCAAACCAGUACAUUGCUUCUACUGGUGAAGGAAAAUCUGAAAGAAACCCUAAAAUGUUGCAACUUAUUGGUUGGUUGCGUGAGAAUAUUCCUUUUGAAGAUUCUUCUGGAAGCACAACAGGUCUUGUCCAUGGUGAUUUUCGGAUUGAUAAUCUUGUUUUCCAUCCUGUUGAGGAUAGAGUGAUUGGGAUUCUUGAUUGGGAGUUGUCCACUCUUGGAAACCAGAUGUGUGAUGUUGCAUACAGCUGUCUGUUUUACGUUGGAGAUAUUUCACAUGAGAAAGUUAAACAUAAUGGAGGUUUUGAAAUGGAUGAUGCUCCUCAAGGAGUUCCUUCAUUGGAAGAAUAUCUUGCAGACUAUUGCUCUGCUUCUGGAAAAGCAUGGCCUCUUGCUGGAUGGAAGUUUUAUAUUGCAUUUUCGUUUUUCCGUGGUGCUUCAAUCUUGGCAGGUGUCCACAGUAGAUAUAUUAUGGGAAACGCAUCUGGUGGAAAACGUGCACAAGAUGCAGGGGAAAAAGCCAAUGAUCUUAUACAAAUUGCCUGGUCUUAUAUCCAAAGGGAAUCUGUUUUGUCACAAAAUCCUCCAUCUGUUACAAGAGGAAGAGAUUAUGUAUCUUCCAUUGCAAAUAACAAGAAGUAUGAAGAAUUGGAAGAGGGAGGUGGAGGUGGAGGUGGAUUUGUUCCUAAUAAAAAAAUUAAGGAUUUAAGAGAAAAAUUAAUAAAGUUUAUUGAGGAACGUAUAUAUCCAAUGGAGCAGGAGUUCAGCAAGCUUGCUCAGUCUUCAAUGCGUUGGACAGUUCAUCCACAAGAGGAAAAAUUAAAGGAGAUUGCAAAGCAACAAGGCCUAUGGAACCUUUUUAUACCUGUUGAUAGUGCUGCAAGGGCAAGAGAAGUUCUUUGUGAAGGUAGAAAUGAUGAUGUCAUCGGAGGAUUUCCUAACCAAUUGGGUGCUGGGCUUUCAAAUCUUGAAUAUGGAUACCUUUGUGAGAUAAUGGGUCGUUCUGUAUGGGCCCCACAGGUGUUCAAUUGUGGGGCCCCUGAUACCGGAAAUAUGGAGGUAUUAUUACGGUAUGGAAGCAAAGAACAGCUUCAAGAAUGGCUUAUUCCAUUGCUUAAUGGAUCAAUCCGGUCUGGAUUUGCAAUGACAGAACCUAAAGUUGCUUCAUCUGAUGCAACUAAUAUAGAGUGUUCUAUAAAAAGAGAAGGCGAUACUUAUGUUAUAAAUGGAAGGAAAUGGUGGACAAGUGGAGCCAUGGAUCCGAGAUGUAAACUUCUUAUACUUAUGGGGAAAACGGACUUCAAUGCCCCAAUUCAUAAACAGCAGUCCAUGAUUCUUGUGGACAUAAAUACCCCUGGUGUAAAAAUAAUAAGACCUCUCACAGUGUUUGGAUUUGAUGAUGCACCUCAUGGACAUGCAGAGAUUACAUUUGAGAAUGUUCGUGUCCCGGUUAAAAAUAUUUUGUUGGGGGAGGGUCGAGGCUUUGAGAUUGCACAGGGAAGGUUGGGUCCAGGGAGGUUGCAUCACUGUAUGCGAUUAAUAGGUGCAGCAGAACGAGGGAUGCAGUUAAUGGUUCAAAGAGCUCUUCAAAGAAAAACAUUUGGAAAAUACAUCGCUCAACACGGCUCCUUUGUUUCUGAUUUAGCCAAGUGUCGAAUCGAGCUAGAGAGAACCAGACUGUUAGUUUUCGAAGCCGCAGAUCAACUUGAUCGCCAUGGAAACAAGAAAGCCCGUGGGACCCUCGCAAUGGCCAAGGUGGCGGCUCCUAAUAUGGCGUUGAAGGUGCUGGACAUGGCGAUGCAAGUGCAUGGUGCAGCAGGGGUAUCGGGGGACACUGUUUUGUCCCUUCUUUGGGCUCAAGCCAGGACUCUAAGAAUGGCAGAUGGUCCCGAUGAAGUUCAUUUGGGGACAAUUGGGAAAUUAGAACUAAAAAGGGCCAAGCUUUGA